AUGAUCCCCCUGACAGCCACCACGUGCUUCCUAAUCGCUAUCACGUUCCUGGCGCUCGCGCUGAUCCUGCUGGAUCAUCUAAGGUCCAAGAAAACGGCGAAGAAUGUCAUCCUGGACGAUCACGUCCUGCCGGAACCACCUGGCCCGAGACCAUGGCCGAUUCUGGGCUCCCUUCAUAUCCUGGGACGCUACGACGUACCCUACAAAGCUUUCGCUGACCUUGUUAGGGACUAUGACUGCCAGGUGAUCAAGUUAAGGAUGGGAUCCGUACCCUGCGUGGUCGUCAAUGGCCUGGAGAACAUCAGAGAAGUGCUCACAAUCAAGGGACAUCACUUCGAUUCCAGGCCGAACUUUGCCAGAUAUCAUUUGCUCUUCGCUCUGGCAUUUUGCAACUGGUCAGAGGUGCAGAAGACCCGAAGAGACAUGCUUCGCGCGCACACAUUCCCUCGCGCGUUCUCAGCACGCUACAACGAAUUGAACCAGAUAAUCGGCGAGGAAAUGGACUUUAUGAUCAACCAUCUAGACUCCCUCUCAAACACAAACGUGCACGUGAAACCAUUGAUCCUUCAUUCGUGCGCGAACGUCUUCAUCACGUAUCUCUGUUCCAAAAACUUCCACCUGGAACACGAUGGUUUCCGACACAUGGUGGCGAACUUCGACAAAGUGUUCUUCGAGGUGAACCAAGGCUACGCAGCCGAUUUCUUACCCUUCCUCAUGCCUCUUCAUCACAGAAACAUGGCGAGAAUGGCACACUGGAGCCACGAAAUCAGAAGAUUCGUCAUUAAGAACAUUAUAUCUGAUCGAGCGAACGCUUGGAAUGGCGUUGUUCCUGAGAAGGACUACGUGGACUGCCUGAUCAAUCAUGUUAAGAGCGGAUCAGAGCCAGAGAUGUCUUGGAACACAGCGUUGUUUGUGAUGGAAGAUAUCAUUGGCGGGCACACUGCAAUUGGAAAUCUUCUGGUCAAGGUUUUGGGAUUCCUUGCUACGAGGCCGAACGUUCAGAAGAUUGCUCAAAAAGAGAUCGAUAGUCUUGGUAUCGCCGGAAACUUCGUUGGAUUGGAGAACAGAAGAUCCUUGCCUUACGUGGAGGCAAUUAUCUUGGAGACUAUUAGGAUAAUUGCCAGUCCUAUUGUUCCUCAUGUGGCCAAUCAGGAUAGCUCCAUUGCUGGUUACAGAAUCAAGAAAGACACCUUUAUCUUCCUCAACAACUACGAGCUGAACAUGUCCACCGAUCUAUGGACGUCACCAGAGAGAUUCAUGCCUGACAGAUUCGUGCAAAACGGAAGGUUACUGAAACCGGAACACUUUCUACCAUUCGGCGGAGGCCGAAGGUCGUGCAUGGGCUACAAACUCGUGCAAUAUCUGAGCUUCGCGAUGUUAGCCACGUUGCUGAAGAACUUCACGAUAACACCGGUGAAGAACGAGAACUACAGGAUCCCAAUUGGGAACCUUGCUCUGCCUGAGAUGACAUUCAAAUUUCGAUUUGAACGACGGUAG